AAGAACGGAUAAUGAUUUUGCAGUGUGAAUAAGCCAGUAAACAGGUUUAGGCCAGAAAAAAACCUGGCUGACUUACCAUUUACGCCACAACGUUAAUGGCAAUACAACAGUGAGCGGAGGUCGAUUGUUAUGUGUCAGCUACGCGUGAGAUGUCACAAACUAAUUGCAGUGCGGCUGUAACGGUUUUUCUUACACACAACAACAAUAACCAUUGCAGCAAUAAUGUAAGAAGCGGCAUGUAACAAAGGUCAAGCCAAAGCGAAACAACGCAGCCUAGAACUAGUUAGGUUUCCACACACAUACACACACACACAACGAAACACCAAAAUCUAAUACACACAAAGCCACACACAAUCAAACAUAGACACAACACUAGCAUGGCCUGGCUGGUGUUGCUCCUGGGGCUGCUAUAUGCCAUCAGCGUGGCACUGGCCAUACCAACGCCGCUUAAGCUGCCAGGUUAUACACACAAGCUGACACCAUACAUUAAGCACUGGGAAGCAGCGAAUUUCGAUCGCGAUGUGCUGCAGGCCGCCCAACUUAGACACUUGGAGCAGGCACGUGCGCGUCGAAAACGACAGGUGGAGGAGGAGCACACCAGCGGUCAGGGACUGGCACAUACCAUACGUCUGAAUUUCUCUGCACAUGACAGAGACUUUCUGUUGGUGCUGCGUCAACAGCCAAAUUCGGUGUUCGCGCAUGACGUGCAGUUCGAGAAUACACUGGGACCCAUUGACUACGAUGUCUCACGCAUUUAUACUGGCAAUCUGGAGGAUGAUGAGUCCGCACAUGUGCAUGCUAUACUCACAAGUGAUAAUCUGCUGGAUGGCACCAUAGAAACACAAGCGGAGCAUUAUUAUAUAGAGCCAGCCCAGCGUUACUCACAGCAACUGGCGGAAAGUGGCGUACAUAGCAUUGUUUAUAAGCUAAGCGAUGUAAACAUGCAAGAAUCCUCCUUAGCUGGCGCUUUGCCAGCACAACCGCCCAGCAAGACGCACUGCGCCAGCGAGCGGCUCAGGCGCAAGCGCUGGCUGCCCGAGGAAGAGCACGUUACCGCGCCCACAUACAAUCGCAAUCCACCUUUGCCGCUGGAUCUGGAGGUGCCCUACAACGAUGAUUUUCGCGUACUUGCCUCUGAGGAGGAUCGCAGCGAAGCGGAGUUGCCUAAAAAAUCUACAACUGCCAGCAUUACAACAACUAUACGUAGCACAGAGAGCUUCCUGGCGACGCUAACUAAGCCCACGCCCAAUCGCAAUAUACUUGUAAAUAAUUUUAAUCCCUCCAAUGUUGGCGACGGCAGUCGCAGCUACAACAGCAACUCUAACGCUAAUUCCAACAACAAUAAUAACAAUGUGCGCAAAUUGUAUACAAAACAUAAAAACAUCAUUGUAAGCACAUAUAACCGACCAAUUGAGCCAGAGUUUGGCAGCACGCCUUAUGAAGAGCCCAAUAAUAGCAACAACAGCAACAGCCUGCCAAAUAAUUUCUUUAAUGCCAACUGGACCACACUCUACAUGGGUAACAGCGGCAACGGUGGGAAUGAUCGACCCAGCCACAAAACCCAUGUAGAAAUCAUCACCAAGAAUGGCGCAACUAAGAAACCCAAUAUAAUUGUAAAUAAUUACAAUCCAGAGAUUAUUUUUGCGCCAAAUCCACACAACCCCAGCUUCAAUAGCAUGCUGAUGACAAAUUUGCUCAGCGGACGCGGUGAUGAUAUACACAGCUCCCCACGUCUACUCUAUGAUCGCAAGACCACCUGCAUGCUUUAUCUGCAGGCAGAUCACACAUUUUUCCAAAAGAUGGGCAGCGAUGAGGCCUCCAUUGAGGCCAUAACACGGCAUGUGCAACGUGCCAAUUCAAUUUACAGAAAUACCGAUUUUAACAACGAUGGAAAGCCGGAUAAUAUUACGUUCAUGAUAAAGCGCGUCAAGGUGCACAAUCAAAAUGCCAUGAAAGAUCCAAGUUACAGAUUUCCCGGCAACUAUGGCGUGGAAAAGUUUCUUGAAUUGUUUUCAGAGGAAGAUUAUGAUGCCUUCUGCUUGGCCUACAUGUUCACCUAUCGCGACUUUGAAAUGGGCACUUUGGGUCUGGCCUGGACAGGUGAUUUGAAAAACGCUGGUGGUGUGUGCGAAAAGAAUGGGCACUACCGUGGCUCGCUUAAAUCCUUGAAUACGGGCAUUGUUACGCUUCUAAACUAUGGCAAACAUGUACCGCCCGCUGUCUCACAUGUGACGCUGGCCCAUGAGAUUGGUCACAACUUUGGCUCGCCGCACGAUCCGGAGCAGUGCACGCCUGGUGGCGAGGAUGGUAACUUUAUAAUGUUUGCACGCGCUACGUCUGGCGAUAAGAAGAACAACAACAAGUUUAGCGCCUGCUCCUUAAAGUCUAUUGAGCCAGUGUUAAAUGCGAAGGCGCGUUCUAUGAAGGGGUGCUUCACCGAACCCCAAUCUUCAAUUUGCGGCAAUGGCGUUGUGGAGCCUGGAGAGCAAUGUGAUUGCGGCUGGGAGGAGGACUGCAAGGACUCAUGUUGUUUUCCCAUGUCCCGUCAACCGCAACUAGAUGAGACACCCUGCACGCUGACGCCGCAUGCCCGCUGCAGUCCGUCGCAAGGUCCUUGCUGCACCACAGACUGCAAGCUUAAGUUUGGAGACAAGUGUCGCGAUGAUAAUGGCUGUCGAGAUCCCUCGUUCUGCGAUGGACGUGUACCACAAUGUCCACCGUCGGUGAACAAACCUAACAAGACAAUUUGCAACAAGGAGUUUGUCUGCUACAUGGGUGACUGCACUGGCAGCAUUUGCUUGGCCUAUGGCCUGGAGUCGUGUCAAUGCAUACCAGGACCACAAGAUGAUCGCAUCAAGUCCUGUGAACUUUGCUGCAAGUUGCCUGGUGAGAAUAAUCCCUGCCGCAGCUCAUUUGAGUGGAACGAGGCCCCUUUCGAUGUGCCCGACAUGUACUCCAAGCCGGGUACGCCAUGUAAUGACUACAAUGGUUAUUGUGAUGUUUUUCAAAAGUGCCGUGAAGUGGAUCCCUCUGGUCCGUUGGCCACGCUGCGCAAGCUGCUGCUAUCAGAGGAGAGCAUUGCCACAUUCAAGAAGUGGAUGCAACAGCAUUGGUACACUGUAGCUCUGGCUGUCAUUGGAGUAUUUUUAUUGCUGAUACUGAGCACAAAGUUGCUGGCGAAACGCUCGAAUCUGAAGCUUAAGUCCGUCACCAUUAUACACAGCGCCACCACAGAGACAGUGCGACUGCCAGAGAAUAACAAUGGCGUAAUAGUGCAUACCGCCGUACGCACGAAGGUGCCAUUCAAGAAGAAGGUGCGUGGUGAACGGAGCAAAAAGACUAGCACAGCUUUGGCUACAACAGCAACCACAGCUGGAGCUGUGGCAAGACCCAAAGGGCAAAGUGCUGAGCAAAGGAAAUCAACGAGAACACAGGUACCUGCGAAAAAGAAGCUGAAAACCAACGCUGACGAAGAGCAAACAAAGAAAAACGGAAAGAAGCUGGGAAAGCACAUGAAGGAGAUCAUUGACUAUUCGCAACGUAAUAACAAUGGCGUAGCAGACGAUUCAUCCAAUUUGUCAACGGCAGUAAACAAUCACAGCAACACCUUUGGCAAGGUUCAAAAGUGGCUGCUGGAAUCGCCCAUUGUGGCACAGCCACUUUCGCACAUGGAGCACAACUCACGCGUACGCAAAGUCAUGAGCAAAUCGCAGUCAACGCCCGAGCGACUUGUGCAGAAGACACCGCAAAAGACCAAAUCCAUGGGUAAUUUGUCGAACGAGAAGGUGAAGCUGCAGGUAGUUUACAAACCGCCCUUCAAAUUCUCGCUGCGUCUAUCCAAGAAACCCAAGGUGAAGACGCAUGUGGUGGGUGUUAGCUCUGGCGCCCAACGUGCCAAGCGCAGUCAGAAGCAUAACCCACGCCCUACUGCGCAGCCAAGUGCAACAUCUAAGGCACAGCAAGUGGCCAUGCGUAAUGCGUUGCUUUUGUGCAACGAGGCCGAGGACGAUAAUCAAAUAUUGACCUUGAAUGAACCCAACUAUGAGACAAUAAAGCCCCCAAUACGCAACUCGGAGCAUAGCUAUGAGAAUGUCGAACUGUCAAUAGAUGGCGCCAGCAGCAGCGCUGCCAAGAUUGCCGCUGCGCCAGUGCAACGUAGCUCUUCCAGCAGCUAUCAACGCUCCAACUCGCUCUCCACACACAAUCCAUUCGCGGUGGCGCCACGUCGCAGCAAGAGCAAGUCUAGCCAAAAGGAACCCACAGCUAGCAGUAGUGGCGGCUCCAUAAAUCUAACUCGCAAUUUUGGCAGUACCCAAAACCUCAUCAAUCUUAGCCAGAAUCUGGCCAAGUCCAAAAAACGCAGCAGUCUGAAUUUGAAGGCCACAGCAGACGCUGCCAAAAAUGGCAAAGAUCCACCCGGUGUAGUUGCAACACCACAGCGUCGUUCCGCUUCCAAUGCCAAUCUGAGGCGUAACAGCAGUGCCUCAAACCCGGCCCCAGCUCCACCCACACGCAGCUCCCGCAACAGCUUUAGUAAUAUUCCACGCGCCAGUCUCAAUGGACAACAAGCAGUGUCAGCAACAACAACAGCGGCAACAGCGCUAGCGCCCCCAACUUUCUUACGUCAAUCCUCUAACAGCACAACAACAACUACCAGCAGUUCAAUGACGUCAGCGCCUCCGCUUCAGCAAUCUGCCUCCACUAGCGCUGUUGGCAGUCAACGGGCACACGUGGCGCCGCCGCCCACGCGCCGCAGUCUUAACAACUUUCGAGCACGAGCCACAGCAGCAGCUUCAGCCGCAACGUCAACAACAACAUUGGCCAUGGACAAUGAAUUGCCAUCGGAUCUGGAGGUUGUGGUUUCGGAUGUUGAGAAUCUGGUUAGCUAAGAGCAGCAGCAUUGGUUAGCAAUUCAAACCAACCAAGUGAAAGUGAUAAGUCCUAAAAUUAGUUAUACAAAUUGUCGCAUAAGUUUACACAUAUACACACACACACACACACACACACAAACACACAUAUAUACAUAUACAUUUAGAAAUGUACAUACAUGCAUGCAUACACGCAUAUGUAUGAAUUUAUGUAUUUUACACUGCCUUAAACUUGCCGUUUCUGCUGAAUAUGUGAACGCCACGCCACGCCCACACAAGCACAUCAUUCGAGCAUAACAAACCUCCCAAUUCGCUUACACACAGUCAACGCAAUAGCCACCUCCCAAGCCAAGCCGCACUCACCGCACAUUGUACCUUUUACUACUAUAUUGUAUUGUAUUCGUAAACUGUAACUAUCUGUAUGUAACACGUUAAACUAUACUUUUAACGGUUGCAUCUAUGAGUAUUUUUUCCUAUCAAGUAUUAUUAUUAUUAUUUAAAAACUAUUAAUGUUUUCAUUUUUCAACGUCUUCGCAGCAACGAUCAUUCUCAUCUGUAAAAUUUUAUCAGAACAGAACAAACAAUACAAGGUGCUAUUUUAGUAAAAAAAAAAAAGAGAAAUUCAAACAAAAAAAUUUUUUAAAGCUCGUAUAUAUAAAAUAUAUUUUCCAUGCUAAUCACAACUAAGAAUAUAUAGAUUUGUAGUUGAGAUUACCAAGAAUCUGGUGUAGACAUGUAGUACGCAGGAAAGCAGAAAGUCCGGGGAACGUUGCGAUUUCUAUAUAGUUUAAUGAUAACCAACGAUAACUGUCAAUAAAAAUCAAAAGUAAAAUGCAUCGAAUGUAGCUUUUAAUAGUCGCAAACUGAAUCAAAUAUGUAUGUAAAGUGUUAAUGCAAUUAAGCAGUCCACAGCCCCAUGUCACGCCCACUUAAGCACACACACACAACGAUUUGCCUGCGCCAUUUCUAGUAGUAGUGUUCGUAAGAAAUCAAAGAAAUAUACAUAAAUAAUUUUUAUAUACAAUAUCAAAUUAGUGCAAUGAUGAAGACACCUACUACACCUUAAUAUAUUCACAUGCAAACAUAUAGUAUACAUAUAUGUUAAAUAGUUACAUAGUUACUUAGCGUAUCAGUUUACAGACGAAUGCAAACGGCUUGUAAAUUAAAACACACACUUAAUAAUGAAAAAAGGAAAAAAUAAUAAUAAAAAAACACUACACUGUAGCUUAAGCAGAUCGGAAUACCUAUUGAUAUUUAUAGUUAAAUAUGAUAACACAUUUAGGAAUUGUCCUUUUAAAUUGCGUAUAAUUCAGAUAUGUAUGUAUUAUGUGAGCGAUUGAUUGGGUAUAUUUUUUGGAAUAUACAAUGCAUUAUUAGAUCUAAUCUAAGCUCCGCUCAAAUAAUUAAUACAGUACACUCUGAUUUCAUUUACACAUACGGAUUAGUAGGCAAUUUUGAAAACGGAAACGGAAAAGCAAAACAAAAAGAAUUCGCGACAAUCGCUUUGAAAUGCUUAAAUAUAAUACACAAUA